AUGCCUUCUUCGACGACGCAGUAUUCGUGGGAGCGCGUGCUGGCAUGCUGUGACUCCUUUAAGGGGACGCUCACCGCGUGCGACGCCGGCCUUGCCAUUGAGCGGGCGUUCCGCGGUGUCGAGAAGGGCGGUUCUGCCCGGGCGGAUGUUGUGCACUGCCCCAUGUCCGACGGUGGCGCCGGCCUGCUGGACAGCCUGCUCUUCCCGGACCACUCGCAGCUGUCGUCGCCGUACACCUUCAGCAAGGUGGAGGUGCCAACUGUUGGUACCACUGGCACCGCCGGGCAGCCGCAGCCGCCGCUUGUUGUUGGCCCGUUGGGCGAGCCGUUGAACUGCAGCGGCAGCACCUACCGACCGUACUUUGCGUGCGACGUGGCGAACCGCGUGGUUGUGGUGGAGAUGGCCAUUGCCUCGGGCCUGCCGAUGGUGCCGGAGGAGAAGCGGAACCCGCUUCGCACGACGAGCUAUGGCGUGGGCCAGCUCAUCAAGUACGCCGUGGAGUAUGUGGCGAGUGAGCAGCACCGCAUGCACGGCCGCGAUGCUGACGGCGGCGUGACGGUGUUUCUCGGCAUUGGCGGCAGUGCCACGAACGACGGCGGGCUUGGCGCGCUGCAGGCUCUCGGUGUGGAGAUGCUCGUGGACAGCAAGGUUGGUGGAGCUCAGCCAUUGAAGACACCGUUUGUGGGUGGCGACUUGGAGCGCCUCGUGGGUGUGCGCCCCACACGGGCGUUCCAGAAGAUGUUCUUGUGCGCCGCGGAGGGCAGCAGGAAGGAGCCGUACUGCAAGGAGGUGCGCCUGAUCGGUGACGUGGCCAGCCCGCUGGUUGGCCCGGACGGCGCCACGGCGAUUUUUGGCCCGCAGAAGUGCUCCUCCACGUGGGACAAGGCGCACCGGGAGUCGGUGCUGGCUCGGCUGGAGCGUGGCAUGCUGAGCGCCUCCGCUGCGGUUGCGCGGAGCGACCUGCACGGGAAGCGUGCCAGCGAGGAGCAGGUGAAGCGACGCCUCGAUGCUCUUCGCCACACCCACGGCGGUGGCGGCGCCGGCGGCAUGAGCGGCCUCUUCCGCUACGUCGCGGGCGCGAAGUGGAUGUCCGGCGCCGACGUUGUUGCGGAGCUCCUGGGUCUUCCGGCGAAGCUGCAGCGCUGCGACUGCAUGAUCACCGGCGAGGGUUCCUUUGACGAGCAGACCAUCCGCUUCAACAAGACGCUUGGCAGGCUGCUGCAGAUGGUGGUGGUGGAGAACAUGCGCCGCCGCGGCGCUGGCCAGAAGCUGCUGGGGGAUGUCCUGGUGAUUUGUGGCCGAACGUCCUACCGGGACGAGGAGGAGGUGCAGCGUGUGCUGCUCGACCACAUGCGUAAGCAGAAGGAGCACGGCGACGCUAGCGCGCUCGCCGCCGCCGUCCCAUGCGUGCACCUGCUGGCUCUCACCCCACACCACUUCCCCGUGUCGGAGGCGCUGGGGAAUGCGGGCGUGUGCGUGGAGGAGCGUAUGAGGCGCUUCCUGACUGGGGAGGAGAGGCCGGCCGGCGAGGGCCACUCCGUUGUCCGCGCCGCUGAGAAGAAGCGCUCCAAGCUGUAG